UGGCGCAACGCCCGUCCGACCUCAAAAAGCGCGAGAAAUAUCAUGUUUUCCUCCUCCCUCCUCCAUCGAGGCGUCCCUGCCCAACGUCGUCCGGCGUCGUUCCCGACACAUUCUCCGUGGAACGCGUUAUUAGCACCACGCUACCUAGUGAUACACAUUGCUAAGUGCCGGAAGACGUCAGGCGUCUGUCCGCGCUCUCGCGGUGAGUAACUGCGUCGUAUAAGAAUGUCUGCGCGACUCUAUCUGGCUAUGCAUACCUCUAGGCGAGCACUUCAUUAGUAGCGUCCAGUCUCGUCAUGGCCGGCCCGCCGCCGCAGUUGGUCUUCAGCAACGAUGUCGCUCACAUGGAUGAGUGGGCGCGUCGUACGGGCAUCCCUCUCACCAGCGCCGAAGCCCUGGGUACCAACUACGCGCGGGCGCGACGGUGGAUGCUGUCCAUGCGCGCCCAACUCGUCCAGAACAUGGGCUGGUGCGACGUCACUCCCCUGGACCCCCGCCUACUAUUCGACAUCGAGUGCCCGUCCCCGUACCGCUCGGCCAGGGGACUCCCUCGCAGUCCCAACCUGCGCUUGCAGAUGCCCGUUCACGCGUCGUCUUUCUUUUCACGGGAGAGACGAGUGCAGUGGGAAAUGGUCUUCCACAGCGCGUUGUUCCCUGGCAUGCGACAUACCGUGCCUGCCAUCGGGGACCUCCUCUCCCUUCUCCAAUGUCUCCUCACGGGUAUGGUCGUCCUCGUGAAAGAGGAAUGCCUGCCAGCAGGUGGCGUCGAGAGGACGAUCCGCGCGUUGCCCCCGGUGGAAUGGGUCGCCUCGCAUGAAGGUCCUUUGACGGAAAUCCUUGGUCCCACGCACUUCCGACAACUCUUCAGGGCGCUGGCGACAACCGCAUCGCUUUCAAGCUCGAGCGCGAGGGUCGUUGACGCAUCCUUCGCCGCCGACGCGUCUGAAAACAUCCUGCCUCCUGGUGUGGCGGUAACCAAAAUUGUGGUCGCGUCGAUCACCCGGGUGGAGAGAAGCCUUCCACCGACCCGAAGCCAUGCCUUCCGAGUGCGGCGCUUCGUACCUUAUUCCAACCUACACGUUGAUCGUCCCCGUAAUCCCUUGCUGCGUACUCUAUCACUGCCUGCUGCUGUCGUUUAAUCAUGCUCCUCGACGUUCUUCGUGCAAUUGUGCUUUCUUAUACGGUAUUAUUGUCGCAAUAAUUAUAGAGUAGACUCUAGGUCAUGGCGUAUCACUACCUUACUUACAUUAUUCCGCUCUGGACUCAUACGCAUUCACUCGUACCGCAACACCAUUUUUGUUCUGCAUGUAUGUAUUCGCAACUUUCGUCAUGUUAUGCCACCAUGGUCUAGGAUCAUCCAACCAAUACACACUCUUUGAUGUCUACGCAU